AUCCUCUGCUACAGAGUUGCUGCUUGUUAUUUACGAACCAAAUUAGAUCAUUAUCAGGUCGUCGCGAUAUUACUUUACCAGAAAUACUGAUAAAUUUCUGUUCGUCGUCGUGAGAUUCUAACAAGUGAAUUUUCGAAGACAGCAUGGGUAGAACAUUUCAAGAAAAACAGCAAAGCCGCAGAGUGAAAAUGAGCACUGGCAACAUUUUUUCGAGAGUCUGGAACUCAGUGGUCUUUGGUUUCGGCGCUGCUUUGGGUGCCACUGCUGCUAGUGCCAUGAUUGGUGCCUGCUGUGGUUAAAAUGGAUGCUAUGGAACCAUAAUAGACAAAGAAUAAUGGGUCGAGGUGCUGCUUUCAUUUUUUUACGCUGGAAUGCAGUUUCACUUCGAAGAUGUCUCUUAGGAUGACACGUAAAAAAGUUUAUAAUACGGUGAUGCUUUAUUUUAUCUCUUGCUAUUUGAAAUCCCUUUAAGUUUUAUGAUAUUUUUCAUUCAUGUUUUCUUUAUAAUUUUUCUCUAGUUCAGUCCUUUAAUAUCAAUACAAAUGAGAAAUUCCUAUGGAAGUUUGAAAUCGAAUGGUUAUGGAAA